AUGUCCACAGCGAAGAGUUUUCCGAUGGCUCAACUUUCUACACGGGCUCAGUAUAGCCGUAUGCAACGAGAGUUUGUGCAGUUACAAAGGCAGGAGAAUCCACGAAAUAUAAACUUUACCACUUCUUUAAAAAAUCGCCACAAGAAUCGCUAUUUGGACAUAUUGGCCAAUGAGGAGACAAUAUAUCCACCGGUCCUAAAGGCCGUCGGGGCACAACCUGGGCGUUAUCCCUAUAUCAAUGGGAAUUUAAUCGAUCUUGAUUUGCCACAUACGUUUGUCGCUUGUCAGGCUCCCGUACCGCAAGGUGUCCCUGACUUUUUAGAGACCCUCAGUGAGAAGAAGGUGGACCUUGUUGUGAUGCUCACUAAACUACGGGAGGGUGGUGUUUUGAAGGCAGAGCGUUAUUGGCCGGAAGAAGAGGAAGAUUCCUUGUCAUUUCCGGAAUCUGGACACGAUGCUAUAAAGGUGACAAGGGAUGCGGAGGCGUCGUACGAGGUUGAUGCUGAGCUUGACAUCGUGCGUCGUCCGCUCGUUAUCCAUGUACCCGGUAAGCCAAUGCAUCGGGUGCUGCAAGUGCAGUACGUCGGUUGGCCCGAUCACGGUGUUCCAGAAUCCGCAGCAUCAUUUGACGAGCUCUUGUCGGUAAUCAAGAACUGCGUAACCACUUCCCCCAUAUUGGUACAUUGUAGUGCUGGUAUUGGUAGGACGGGGACACUAAUAGGUGCCUAUGCCGCUCUACUUCACAUUGAGCGCGGGAUCCUUACUGAUUCAACCGUAUACUCUAUAGUUGCAGCGAUGAAGCAAAAGCGAUUCGGUAUGGUUCAACGGUUAGAGCAGUAUGCAGUUAUCUAUAUGACUGUUCUGGGCCGGCUCGGUGUGGAUAUUAGUGGACUGGUGUCGACACUUAACUUAAAAGCGUAG